AUGGACACUAAUACGGAGGGCUUCACUAUCCACACGAUGAAGAGACCUGCGAAGCGCCCGCGGCUGUCGAUCGACUCUGACUCCGUGGAGGAUAUACCGGAAGAAUGGGACCUCCAGACCGCACGCGCGCAGAAUGACAACAAGUUGAAGGCGAUCUUCGAGGGCAUCUUCUCGAAAUACGGAAAGGACUUUACGGAAGUCGGGGACGAGAUUGAUCUUCAGACUGGGAAAAUUGUAGUCGACAAUGGACAUCUACUCGGUCUGCAGGAGACCGAACCCCGAAAUGAAGGACAGCCAUGGCUCGACGAGAAUGAGGACGGUGAUUCAGAUAACGGAGAAGAUCCAGAAGAGGAAACAGUCGAAUCUCACGAGCCGCCUUUACCAAGCCACGAAGAUGACAAUAUCGAAGGAGAAGUCGACCCUGAUAGCAACGACUCAUUACUGGGUGCAGCACUGGCCUUCAAUAACGAUCGAAGGUCAGAAGGUUCCAAACGAGCCACUGGGAAGCAAGUCGAAGACCCAGGCCCUGAAGACCCCCUUUGGCAAACCCCUGAUCUGCCGAGAUCCGUCGCGACACCUACGGCCGAAGGCCGGGCUAAGGUAGUUACGCCAAAACACCCCACCUUCAUCCGAGAGCCAUCUCCGCCUGGAUCGGGAUCAUUAUGGACAGUUCCGCGACGCGGUCGACCGCCGGGUCGGCCACGCACUGAAGGGAAGCCCAAAGCGUCGCCGAGUAAAGUCCGCGCCCGGGCGAAACCUACAUAUCAUUCAAGCCCUGUGGCGCAGGCGCAUGACUGGUCUUUUUCUCAAAUUCCCGACGGCGACGAAUCAGACGAUCCGCUCCAGGAGUAUCAGCCCUCUCCUACGCCGUCUAGAAUGACGAGCGUCCGGGGAAAGCGGAUACAGGGUCCUGCUUUUACUCUAAACCGAUAUUUGGAAUCAAAUCCAAAUCCGAAGCAGGGGGCCGUUCCCCGGGCCCAAUCGGCUACGCCGACCAGUUCUGAUGACGAUGCUGACAAUGACACCUCGGAACGAGAUCCACAUGGCAAUGGCCAUGUGGCAUUUGGUACUUCUUUACAAGGUCAUUCUUCUUCACGGCCGAUGUCCGACUCCAAGCCACCAUCGUUUCUGGUGCCCCGGUAUAAGGUACCACGAUCAUCGCAUAGAAUUAUAACGCCCGAUGAAGCGCGGAUGAUAAUCCGCUUGCGACAUGUCGAGAAGAUGGAUAUGAGAGAGAUUCAUAGUCUACUACCUAAUUACAAGAUCACACAGGCCUAUGCUUGGGAUUACAACCACUGGACUGAAGCUCGGCUAGAUCCUCCGCAGCUCUCGGCUCCGUGGACCAACGAGGAAAUGGUCAUUUUGGAGAAGCUCAAGGACACGGAUGGUCUUUCAUGGGCUGGAAUGAAAGCCGAGCUGCCCGGUCGCUCCCGCAAAGAGAUCGAGUAUGAGUUGAUCCGUCUCUGGGUGGGCGAGGAGGUAUGGAACGAGAAAGAGUGGGAUCGGGAUGCAAAGGGGGAAGAUGUGCCUGAACAGCCGUCCAACCCCAAUAAACGAAAAAGGCCGCUGGACAUCGGGACUUCUGAGGUUGAUCCAGAACAUGAUGGUGAUACAGCUUCGUGUGGCUUCAAGAUGCUCAGCGAGGAUGAUUCUGAUUCCGAUUUUGAUGAAAAUUCCGACUCCGAUUCAGUCAAAAGCGAAGCCUUUUCAUUUUCGAAGUUGUCCAAGAUAGACCUCGAGCCAGCUCAUAGCCCAAAGCUCCAGGACGUCGGGCAGAGGCAAAGCCUCGCCGCCUGA